AUGCUGUCUGCUUCCGAAAGUCCAACAGUGGUGUAUUUGCAGAAUCUCACCCUCAAGACAGCUCCCAUGCAGCUGUAUCCAUCCGCGAGCAGUGCCGCCAUCGCAACGGCCUCCUUCCACCCCGGACGCCCCAAUGUCUUCUUACUCGCCUUCAAAGACGGUACAGUCGCUGCCUACGAUGCGACCAAAAUAGGGAGAAGUAGUGAACGUACUGGUAGCAAAUCUCUCUCAACUACCAAUGGCCAUGCAGGCGAGAUCUCGCACUUUUCAAACCUGCACCGUAUCACCAACAUCAGAAGCUUGUCAGAUCCGCCGGACGCUUCACUGAGCACGACUGUCGGAAGCAAGAGUGUGGCAAUCACGGGCGCAACGUUUCUCCCUGGAUUCCGUGCUCGUGCGAUCAGUGUUGGUGCAGAUGGAAGGUGCAGGCUGGUAGAUUUCGAGGCUGGUGGCAGGAUACUGCGCACCUGGCAUGCGCAAGCACCUGUGACGUCUCUGUCGGUUCUGGCGAUCAAACUGUCUUCGGAGAAAGCAAAGACAGCAUCCAACCAGAAGACUGAAGUCACCAGUAGCGGGACUGGAGGCGACACUGUGGUCGCUGUGGGAAGAGUAGACGGCCAGGUGCUUCUAUUUGACUCGGUCGGAUUACGUCUCGAUCAGAUUCUUGUGAGUGCACUUGGAGAGAAGAUCAUCAGUGUGGAGUGGAUGGACGGUCCUAGCCCAUACGCCAUAUCGAGUCCUUUCAAGCCGGUGUCAUCGAAGAUUGAUGCCAGAUAUGACCUACCGCCCAACACGCCUAAGGCAAGGAAGUACGAUCAAACAACUCUGCCUGAUGCUCUGAGACUACCACCAGGCGCCGUGUUUGUCCCUGCACAACCAGUGCCUACAGUUGCUAUAUACAUCUCCGAAACCGAAGACAUGUCGACCGUACGACACACAUCAGCUGCCGGUACUGUUAUACGCUCGCCAAUUUUCGAGACCACCUACAUGGACCUUUUCUCACCAGUCAAANAAGUCUCGCCUCCACGACAGCAGCAGAAAAGCCCGGUAUCGUCUCCACACCUACGUCGCAAACGCAUAUCAAGUCAGACUUUUGUCAAGACAAGCAGCCCUGAAUCUACACACAGGGACGUUGAAGUUACGAUCAGAUCACCUGGGACGCCUAAAAAACUGUCCAUUCACCCUCUGAACACAACUAUCGAAUCAAGGCAGAAGUCGCCUCUUGGAGUUGCCCCUGCGCCUGCUCGACGUGGACCUAGAUCUGCACGCAAANAAGCUCAUGGAAGAGCUGCGCAAGGCCCGAACCGCAGUCCAGUUGCUUCUACAGGAGCGGGAAGGAAUGGAAAAGUUCUCGCCGACCUUCGAAAACUGGGUGUUGAGAACUCGGGUCAAGCGAAGAAGAACGGCAAAGCAGCGCUCUUUGCGCCGUACAUGAACCGUACUGGUAUAUCUAACUUUCCUCGAACGGAAACCCAACCCAUGGCCAAGUAUGAUCCUUUGCCGACCGGACGCCUGCAACCUGUAGAGCAAGUACCCCAACCUCAAGAUCGUGAUGCCAUCCAACCAACGAGAGUCCACUUUGAGUCAGAGAGUCAUUCAUCAGAUCGAGAUAUCUGGAUGUCGGCUGGAUCAUCAGAGGACGAGUGUAAUCAACGCAAAGACAACAAACGCACGCAUUACCAUGCUCACCAGAGAAGGCUCGGCAAGACUCAUCCGCAAAUUCCACUGAUUGCUGAAAGCUUAAAGCCACAACAUGCGCCUUUUGUCCCGCUUUUGCGACCUGAGCCAACUGUCGAAGUCACAACCAUGUCGCCACAGCCCCAAAAUGCAGGCAAGGAAGCUGCCGUGCUUUCGAUGUCCGAAGAGGCAAUGUACAGUGCCGUGUCACACAUCUCAAACGUCGACGGCGAAUUCGUGCCCGCUUCAACAGACGUUCAAAGGCCUUUUCCGCGUGGCUCUUUUGUCUACUCGACUUCUCCGCCUCGUCAAUCUCCUAAAAGGUCACCGCAAAGACAAGUGCAAGUCUGGAAUGAUCAAGUGCCGAAACCAAGGACAGUGCCAAAACCUUUGCAACGUGCAAAGCUGGCAAAUUUGCAUUCUAAUGCUACUGUAAAGCCGACAUCGAGAGAAGCUGCUGCAAAGAAAGCUGCUGCUGUGUUGCUGGGAACGAAUAGGACUAAAGCUCUGCCGCCAUUGCCAUCGCUGCCGUCUGACACUCUGCCUGCACAAACUCAACAUUGCGCUUGUGCGGAGAAGAGUUGUCCAGGCUGCUUGGAGCUGGGAAAGAGAGUCCACAGUCUAGAAGAUGAAGUUGCAAGGCUCAAAGCCGAGGUCCUUGGGCUUAGGAGUGCCCUCAGAAAAACUGGCGUUUCCAGUCGCGUCAUUGAGAGAAAGAGGUGA